AUGGACCAGUACAGGUCUCAGCAGUCACUAGUGGGGACCCACAUGGACCAGUACAGGUCUCAGCAGUCACUAGUGGGGACCCACAUGGACCAGUACAGGUCUCAGCAGUCACUAGUGGGGACCCACAUGGACCAGUACAGGUCUCAGCAGUCACUAGUGGGGACCCACAUAGAACUGUACUGGUUCCAGCAGUCACUAGUGGGGACCCACAUGGACCAGUACAGGUCUCAGCAGUCACUAGUGGGGACCCACAUGGACCAGUACAGGUCUCAGCAGUCACUAGUGGGGACCCACAUAGAACUGUACUGGUUCCAGCAGUCACUAGUGGGGACCCACAUGGACCAGUACAGGUCUCAGCAGUCACUAGUGGGGACCCACAUGGACCAGUACAGGUCUCAGCAGUCACUAGUGGGGACCCACAUGGACCAGUACAGGUCUCAGCAGUCACUAGUGGGGACCCACAUAGAACUGUACUGGUUCCAGCAAUAA